AUGGCGGGGUCGACUCUACAGAUGUCGGAGCCUAUGAGCGUCAAAGAGAUCUCAACGAUGGCACAGGACUUCCUUUUCAAUCCUUCUAUUCCGUUGAAACACUGGUUACGCACUGCAGAUGCUCUGCGGCGCGAGGCACUUAUCUACGAGCAAGAAGAGAACGACCAACAAGCCUACCUUUUACUGAUGCGUUACGCUGCACUCGUGACCGAGACGCUCCCACUGCAUCCCUCAGCCGGGGAACCUCAGUAUCGACAGGCACUGAAGGCUGCCCGGAAGUCCUUACCCGAUGUAAUAAAUCGGCUGGAAGCACUCAAGCCAAGGAUCAACUCGCGAUAUGGCGCAUGGCAGAAGGCUUUGGGCUCAAGAAGAGAGCCCCCUAUCGGCCUAGAACAGGGUAGACCGAAGCGGCGCUCACAGCUCGAUUAUGAGGCUUCGGAUCCUGCCAUUGCUGGCAGGUUAACAACCUUAGCCGCAGGGGAAAACAGCGACCUGGCCGUCAAGUUGGCACACAAGGAGAUAGAAAGGAGAACCGCCGUUCGGAAGGCUACGCGGCAGGCUGGGUUGUCGGGGGAAGCGGAGCAGCAAAGGCGGACAGCUGGGCUUUGGGACGACUGGGAAGCUUCUUUGACGAAUAAUGGUCAAAUAACAGCCAGGGACGAGGAUGACAUACGUCAAAAUAUGGAAGCUACACGACAUAGAAUGGAGGGAUCUCAUGACAACGUCGUAGAUGUAGCUAGACCACGGCCGAUGGACCGUCUACCACGCCCCGCAAGACCCGACCAAACAAGGAACGGCCGUAGUGAAUUCCGAUAUCCUUCGAUCCCCAAAUCACUACCGCUAAAAUAUGAAGAGGGCGAGAGAGAGCUAGAAUCUCGAUCUAUAUCACCAAGGGUGACCUACCUUCCGCCAAAACCUCCCAAAGAAAAGUUAGGUGAAUUGGCUCCUGCUCCGGUACCACCACGUCGACCAGAAAAUGCAACUGAAAUACGAGACGACUCUGGGAUACCCGGUUUAAAAGCCCCCUCUUCAUUCACUUUCAGACCCUCCGCCUACCUCGAGAAUGGCAACCCUCUCCGAACAGUGUUCCUCCCACCUGGCCUUCGAGAACAGUUUCUCUCCGUCGCUGCCCUAAACACCCAAAAGAACCUUGAAACCUGCGGCAUGUUAUGCGGUACAUUAAUCUCAAAUGCGCUAUUCAUCUCGAAACUGGUCAUUCCGGAACAAGAAAGCACCAGUGACACCUGCGAAACCAUCAACGAGGGAGCUUUUUUCGACUACUGCGCGGCAGAAGAUCUCAUGGUCUUAGGCUGGAUCCACACCCAUCCGACUCAAACGUGUUUCAUGAGUAGUCGUGAUCUCCACACGCAUUGUGGAUACCAGAUCAUGAUGCCAGAGAGCAUCGCAAUUGUUUGUGCGCCGACCAAGAACCCUUCAUGGGGAGUCUUUCGCUUGACUGACCCGCCUGGGAUGAAGUCUGUACUCAAUUGCCGUAAGACAGGCUUGUUUCACCCUCAUGACGAAGAUAAUAUUUAUACUGAUGCCUUGAGACCUGGCCAUGUGUUUGAAGCUGAAGGGCUGAAGUUUGACGUGGUGGAUUUGCGGCCAUAG